AUGAACCCACUUGUAACAUUUGGUUGUGCUUUAUUAGCUGCUAUUGUUAAUGCUGCUUAUACCUCGGUGUUCGACGCCUUUUGGACGUCACUUGGUGCCGAGGGAAACUAUUAUGACCUUACCCACUUAUAUGACGAUUGCGUUAACGACGUGAACGGACCUUGGAACUCACCAACUGCGGCAGCCAUUGCUGCCACCGGUCUUGUUGUUGGUGGUCGCCUAGGUUGGUUCGCGUACAGGAAAUGGAGUCGUUUCGGCAAAGAAACUGAGGAAGCUGACCAGGACCACAAAACGUACAAGACGAACGCCCAAACCCAGGUUUCCCUAGAACAUCUAAGACAACCGGAACCUGACCACGAGCGAGAUGUGGAGGAACACCAGGAAACCGACAAGAAUAACGUCGAAACUCAGGUGUCUCUAGAACAUCUCGGUCAACCGCAACAUGACAACGAACCAGGCGAUGAAACAGAAAAAUCUAAAUUGGCAGACAUCAUGCGUCUUCAAGAGGAACUGCUUGAGGGAAAGAAGCAGUUAGAGGAAGAAUUGAGAGAUGCUGCCAAUCAAAGAAACAGGAUGGAGGAGUGUCUGGAAGAGGCACAAGAAGAAGUCCUGGUUCUGAAGGACGAAAUGAUGGCGAUGGAAUAUGAGAACGAGCUGAGGUUAAUACAAAAAGAAAAGGAAAAUGCGGCUGUCAAAGACGCCAUGGAGGUGGCUUUAGACCAGCAGCGUAGAACAAAUAACCUCUUGAAAGAGGCAGAGGCCCAGAACGAGGCUUUACAACGUCGUCUCGUGGAAAAAGACGAGCUGUUAAAGCAGAAAAAACAAGAGCUACAACGGAAAAAUGAAGUCUCGAGAAAGGAGGAAGAGCUGAACGCGCUCUUGAGAGAAGUCACCCAGAAAGAAAAAGACUUCGAUUUGUACAUGAGAAAUUCUAAGAAGGAUCUGGAACAGAGAGAAAAAAAUCUCUCCCAAAAAGGAAAGGAGCUGGACAAGAAAUUCUCCAAUUUACAACAGGCGAAGAAGGACAUUAAAAGCGAAGAAAAGAAAGCAGGAAAGGCAGGGCAAUCGGUCCUGGAGAAGGAAAAAGUCCUACAGAAAUUGGAGAAUGAACUGAAGAAGAGGGAAAGAGAUGUCCUCGAUAAAGAAAAGAACCUCCUCCAAUUAGAAGAAAAGUUGCUAGGUAAAGAAGAAGCCGUCCUCACACUGAAAAAUAAUGUUAUGAAGCUCGAUGAAGAGUUGCAAGCCAAAGAAGAGGCUGUCAUCGAAACUCAGAAUAAUCUGUUGAGAUUCGAUGAGAAACUACAGGCGAGAGAAGAUGAACUGGCGGCGAAAGAAGAAUCCGUCAGCCACCAAGAAUCUGUUCUGAUGGAAUUCGAUCAGAAAUUAAAGGAAAAAGAAGAAGAACUGGUGGCAAAGGAAGAGUCCAUCCGCCACCAGGAAGCUGUUCUGAUGGAAUUCAAUCAGAAAUUAAAGUUGAGAGAAGAAGAACUGGUGGCAAAGGAAGAGUCCGCCCGCCAGCAAAAAUCUUUUCUAAUGGAACUCGAUCAGAAAUUAACAGAAAGAGAAGAAGAACUGGUGGCCAAGGAAGAGUCCAUCCGCCACCAGGAAUCUGUUCUGAUGGAAUUCGACCAGAAACUAAAGGCAAGAGAAGAAGAACUGGAGGCAAAGGAAGAGUCCAUUCUGAUAGAAUUUGAUCAGAAAUUAAAGGAUAGAGAACAAGAACAAGAGUCUGUCUGUCACCCAGAAAUAGAAGAGGACUUACAAGGGGAAAGGCAGCUCCUUCAAAACGAGGCAAGUUCAGUAUUAGACGAUGGGUUACCCGAAGAAGGUGAACCCAAAGAAACUUGUGAGACACCCCCAGUUGAUGAGGACAAAACUCUACCUGCUGUGGAAGAAGAAGAAAACGAAAUCACCGAACUCUCAAUUGCCGAUCCCCACACUUCACUGAAUGAAGUGGAUAAUGUGAAAGAAGAAUGCCUCAAAGAGAGAAAGGGGAAAGGAAGGAAAAAUAGACGCAGAAAGAGGCAGGAGAGACAGCAAGAGCGUUUUGAGGAGAAAAGUCCAGUGUUAGACGAUUGGUUACCCAAAGAAGGUGAAUCCAAAGAAAGUUGUGAGACAACCCCAGUCGAUGAGGACAGAAUUCUACCUACUUCACUGAAUGAAGUCGGAAGAAUGAUGAAAAGAAGAAAUGCGCAGAGAGAAGAAGGGGAAAGGAAGGAAAAAUAG